AAUUGUCAAGGGCAUUUUAAUCUUUUAUUUGCAGAAAUCUUUUUUCAGGACCGUUCAAUCAGUUCUUCCCGUCCAUUUGACCGACUUGACUACUGGAAAACUGCCAUUCGAAGGGACUGCUGCUGCUGUUGUUCAUCCCCUCUAAAUAGACGAGCCGCACCCGUGAACAUUUCCAGUCGCAGAUUUGGUUUCACACAGGCAGCAUCACCCCCCGUCAGAUGGUCGUAGGUUUUUUGUUAAAUUUCAAUUUUAAAAUGUUGAGACUUUUUAAAGUGCUUUUAUUGGUGACACUGGUCAAUGCCGAUAAUCGACUCAUCUCUAAUGAUUUACAAGCCACGAUGUACCUAGCGAAUUACGGCUACCUCGAUCCGGCGUUGAAAAACAAUUCAUCGAACGCGCUGUUUCUCGUUUCAAAAGAGGCUUAUCGUCACGCCAUCGCCGAAUUUCAAUCGUUGGCCGGACUGGAACCAACAGGUAUUUUGGAUGAAAAGACGUUGGAAUGGAUGAACAAACCCCGUUGUGGCGUUCCCGACCGGGAGUAUCACGCACCAUUCACCGCGACUCCUCCUCUCACUCGCCGGAAGCGUUUUUCUGUUGAAGAUAGAAACCGUUGGACAAAAAAGCACCUGACUUAUGACGUCAAAGUUUACACGUCCAAACUGAGCCACAGCGAGGUGGAUCACGAAAUUGCCAGAGCUUUCAAGUUGUGGGAGAAUGCCAGUGUUUUGACUUUUACACAAGUCACGACGGGCCAAGCCGACAUCGUCAUCCGUUUCGUACAGAAGGAGCACGGUUGUUCUUACCGCGAAAGCGACCUGGGCAAUCACGUUUUGGCUCACGCGUUCUCACCUCUUCAUGGAGGCGAGGCUCAUUUCCACGAGUCCGUCAAGUGGACCAUCGAUUCGCCGAUAGGUACCAAUUUGCUUCACGUGGCCGUUCACGAAAUCGGCCACUCACUGGGACUGUUUCACUCCACCGUCCCUUCUUCUGUCAUGUAUUUUACCGACAAGAAUUACGACCCUCAUUUCAAAUUGAGCGAGGACGACAUUUCAGCCAUCCAGCACCUCUACGGGAAAAACGAACGUUCAAACGGGGGGAAUUCCGAGAAUUAUCAUGACAAUUCUGACCAGGAAUUCAAAGAACUUAAAAAGCAACUGGAGGAGACGACAUCCAUCGUUGAAGAUUUAAAAAGCAAAUUAAAUGGAAUUUUGGAGGCGACUAGAAAACCGGUCGACAUUGGGCGCAUUCCAACGUCGUGUGAGGAUCUCCAGCGGAUGGGAAACACUUUGAACGGAGUGUUUCUGGUCAAACGCUCAAAGAAAAUGGAAACGAUUUACUGCGAUUUCUCCCUCAACGGGAAAAAUUUGGAGACGUGGAUCGGUACCGCCGACGUCAAAUCAGCGCCAACUUAUUUCUACGUGACGAGGAACUAUUCGCUAUCGUCGGAUGUCGGACCCAUUCCGUUCCAUUUGGCGCUAGUCAACGCGGGAAAUGCCAUGGAUUUGAAAACGGGAAUAUUCACAGCUCCCAAAUCGGGAACUUAUUUCUUCUCUUUCACCGGAAUGGCCAAUUUCCCGCAAAGUUCGUCAUCACUCCUCCGCCUGGGCGUCGGUUUCUUCUUGAACGGCCGACAGGUCGGCAGGAGCUUCGUGGACGAGGCCAACAGCGUCAACUUCCAGAAAAGUCAAUUGACUCUCCAGUCGACAUUUGGGUUGAACGAAGGCGACCGAAUUUGGUUGCAGAUUAUCUUCAUUGGAUCGGGCGUGUCUCUGUACGACAACGAGUGGCACUACACCCAUUUCACUGGUUUCAUUCUAGACGAAGAUCUUUCCAUCUAGAUUUUUCUAUUCUCAAUUAAAUCAAUUAUAGUCAUCAGGUCAACCUUUUCCUUAACUGAGCACUUCCUAUUAUUCAAAGCGGAUCUUGUUUAUCCCAACCCAGUUCUCAUUUCCGGUUUCAUCCCUCUCGACAGCCUCAUUUUAUUAAUUAAUAUUUAUAUGAAUUGUUCAAUUUUAGAAAAUAAAUCAUUUAGUAAUUUAACCCAACGUGUCCUAUUAUUUUUGAUUUUGAUGUUGUUUUCUUUUAAAAGUUGCCGCCAAUAGCCGCUAGGAGUUCCCGUGUAGUGUAUAACGCACUUUCAACAAGGCAUUUUUAUUUUCUUUUUUUUUCAAAUUUAGAAAUUCUAUCAACUGAAUUUAGUUAAAUGAACUUUAAAUCGCUAAUCAUUUACGAUGGAAUGCAGGCCGGGAAAGCUGCACCAAACUCAAAUACACUAAGCAAAAAUGCGAUUAAAGAGACUCUGAAACGCCAUCGUCCUUUCUAAAGUUAAAACAAUUGUAUAUAAACGACCGCCGCCAUUUCUAUUACAUCACACAGUAGUAGGACAGGACGAAAUGGCAUGGGACCGGAAUAGGAUAGCAGAUGAAGUAAGGAUCAACCUACUCCCACUGAAUGACGAAUAUCUCGUAACACGCUCGUGAGCGGACCUGAACCUCUACAUGCUAGGGGGAGCAGACCCACAUAUAUGCUGGUCCGGCAUUAUAUCCUGGGGGGAGGUUCUCCCGUGAGGCUCCGGUUGGUGUAAUUGUGCCGAAUGGUAAGUGAGCUCUUUCCAACUGAGAGUGGAUAUUCGUUUUUAGUUGACCUUUCAUUUGAAUGGCAUGGCAGUCUUUGUUUUCUUUGGGUAAAUGAAUAAUAGCAAUUAUUAUUACAUCCAACGAAUAGAUGACUUCUUCAUGUUUUGAUAU